CAGUCAGCAGCCAGACACCAUGGAGGCCACAGCUCUCUGCAUCCCACUGUUGAUGGAUGUGUUGAUGUUGCUGGUUGCCCAUAUUCAGCAUGGUUAUCUCCAGAGCCCUGUUUCAGACGCAGCUUUUCGUAUCGUUCCAACCAGACUGCAGCUCUUUGAAUACGAGUCUGUCCAUUUGACCUGUGAGGGGUUUAACAUCUCAGCAGGGUGCAGAGUGAGAACCAUCAAGGAAUUAAUGUCAACGUGUUCAAAUGACUCAGUAACGUCAACAGUGACCUGCACCAUUGACUUUGCCUUUCCAUCAGACAGCGGAGAAUACUGGUGUGAAGCUGGAGGAGGACAGAGAAGCAACACUGUCAACAUCACUGUCACCACUGGUUCCGUGGUCCUGGAGAGUCCUGCUCUUCCUGUGAUGGAGGGAGACGCUGUGACUCUGAGAUGUAGAACCAAGUCGACUCCCUUCUCCAGUCGCAUCACCAAUUUCUAUAAAGAUGGCCGCCUCGUUGGUAGCAGUCCUACAGGAAACCUGACCAUUGAAAGGGUUUUCAAGUCUCACAAUGGCCGCUACAAGUGCAACAUCCCUGGAGCUGGAGAAUCCCCAGAGAGUUGUCUGGCUGUCACAGAAGAGAAGUAUGAUGGCUCGGUGACACAAAGUGAGGACUCAAACACACACCUCAUAGACAGAACAGGUGAGGUAAAACUACAGUUUACCAGGAUCAUAAUGUGCAUGGAAUACUAA